GAGAGAGAGAGAGAGAGGGAGGCUGAGCAGCAGGACUACUUCUGUCAGAGCUGAGGACGUUCCAGUCUCUAGUGCCACUGAGAGCAAAGAGUCUGCAGAGGACAGGCUGGUUGUCCCAGGAGAAGAGCCAGUCCAACAACAAGCACAAGAACAAUCAAAAUCGACUGAAUUGACACCAUUGGGGACUAUUGGAAUUAUUGAAACCUGAAGAAAACGUGACGAAAAGGAGGAUAAAGAAGAAAAAGUGACCCCGAGGAAAGAAGGAGAAGGGAUUGUAAGAACAACCAACGAGAGGAUGUUGGUGUCUGUUGCAUCGCAUCAGGUACAAAGUAAAGAAGAUUAUACAUGAAGAAAAAUCUUGCAUAUUUAUGUGUUUUUUUUAUCCAAAAGAAUAAGGAGGAACUCAGUAAAAAGAAGAGAAUCAGAAGAGGAAUAUGUUUUUCUAUCAUCCUUUUAACGAUCAAACGUGUUUUAGACCAACGUUUGGUUGAACUCUCGGAAGUCUGAUAAAAGACGGAGGAACUAGAAAGACGGAAUAUCAACCUGUCAGCUAAAAGCAAAUGAAGCAAAAAAAAUACCUUUUCUUGUUUUUUUGAAACAACUGAAUUUGCAGUUUGGUGAAGGUGCAGGAAAAGUUGAACUAAACUAAAAACGUAAAACAAAGCUACAGAAACGCAGGAGUAACGAGUCAUAAGUGACAAAAUAAAGGGGUACAGAGUAAUAAAGUGAAAAGAGUAAAUAUCUCAAAAGGAGCGGUUCAAAGAAGGCACAAGGGAGGAAAGGAAUAAACAAGGAAGGAAAGGAGACGAAACAAGGACAAAUCCAAAGAACCAAACUACACCACAGAAGAGGACUAAAGGAAGAAACCACAAGGGGGUGAAUAUGAGGCUCCUGGUGCUCCUUUUGGCUCCUCUCUCCAUCCUCCUCCUCCUCCUCCUCCACGUUGCAGCGGUGGCCCCCGUGGCCCCCGUGGCCCCCGGGGCCGGCGCGGGGGCGCCGGGCCGCCUGGAGCGCUGGGUCCGCUCGGGCCUCCAGUCGCUGCAGUGGGACCAGCUGGACCGGUGCCUCCGCAUGUCCUCGCUCUCCAAGGCCGAGUGCAGGCGGCUCGCCCACCUGCCGCUGUCAGCCGUGGCCGUGUACGCCUCGGAGCCACGCGCAGCCGCAGGUAACGCAGACAAGGUCGUGGCCAUCCUGCCGGACUCCUCGGGCGGCUCCCUGAGCUCCAAACCGCGGGGGGGAGGGUUCGGCGGAGGCCCCCACAGGCCGCAGCAGUCUGUCCCCGGCGCCGCGGCCCACGACGCCGUGCUGGUGCUGGACCCGAGCCCCGGGGAGAACUUUGGCCACCCGGUGGUCCUGUUCUACGUGGACGUGAACGUGACCAAGAAGAGAUGCUCCCACCUGGAUGGCAUCUACCUGGGCGAGGAGUGCUUGACUCUGGCUCUGAAGGGCCGCUGCCAGAACCAGCUGAAGCGCCGCCAAGCCGGGCCAGAGAGGCUCAUGGGUAACGGGCACCGGCUGACCGGCGGCGGCGGCGGUGGCCGCCGCCCGGUGGAGCGGGCCGUCGGAGGGCUCUGUGAGGUCCACUUCCUCCCGCUGGUGGUCGCCGUCGGAGACAGCAACCGGACGCAGAGACUCAAGUGUGUCGACCAUGCGGCGUUCGCGAGGUGCCCUCAGCCGCUGGCGAUGGGCUCGCCCGGCCCGCCCGUCUCCAGCUGCGAGCUGAACAAGAACACCAGACGCUGCCACCAGCAGCCGCUGGCCACUCACCUCUCCUGCCGCCUGUACCAGACCUGCGACCACGCCGUGCUCGUCUCAGGCGGCUGGCAGCAGCAGAUGACGUUCCAGCGACAUGUUGAGAACCUCCAGAGGUUCCACAGGAUGCUGAGGAACAACGGCUUCCACAAAGAACACAUCAAGACCUUCUUCGCCAGCAGUGGACAGCUUCCGGACGAGGUGGAGGGUGUGUACCCGGCCACGGAGAAAGCGGUGAUCCGUAACCACGUGUCGUACGUGUGCAGGAAGCAGCACUGCGCCGACUCGCUGGUCCUCCUCCUGAACUCGCCGACGCGCAACGACGGCGCCAUGCUGCUGUGGGACGCCAACCUCAACGGCAUCGCCGACUCUAAGGAGCGAUACUCCGUCAACGAGCUGCUGGCCGACCUGGCCGGCUGCAGGGCCACGCGCGUGCUGCUGUUUGUGGACCAGAGCUACAGCGGCGUUCUGUCCAAGAGGCUGCGAGGGUCCCAGAAGCACCUCAACGUGGUUCUGAUCCAGAGCCCGGCCCGGCACAACCACCAGAGGUUGAACCCCGGCCGGGACGAGAGCGGCUGGUCCCGCAUCGGCGCCGCCAGCUGCCUGCUGGACCACCUGGGGAAGGGCACCGGGAUGUCCCGCCUCCUGGAGCCGUGGGCCGGCCUUUUGAACGUGACGCUGGCCGGCGCCCCGUGCAACGCCACGCCGCCUCUGACGGAGGGCGAGAUGCGGCGAGAGUACCAAGGCUGCCAGAACCUGCCCACCGCCCUCUGGCACCGGAAAAACAGCAGGACCAACUGAGAGAGAGAGAGAAACUAAUUCAUUAUUCACACACACACACACACACACACACACAUGCACCCGCGCACACACACACACACACACACACACACACACAAGACACACAUGUUCACAUUACGAACAUAACUUAGGGCUUUAGUUACAGUGUGCUGGUGUUUCAGUAACCAUGGCGAUGGCAGCUCGUCCCUACCGGAGUGGACUGAACACCAUGAGAACCGUGUGUGUGUGUGUGUGUGUGUGAGUUCAGCAGGAGGACAACCCCUCUGAAACCAUUUCUGUAGCUCAUGCUGGUGUGUGUGUGUGUGUGUGUGUGUGUGUGUGUGUGUGUGUUUGUACGUCACAGCUCACUUCAACAUUUCAGAGCCUUUCACCUUUUCAUUUGACCACCUUUCUGCUUACCUUAUAUUUUUUCUCUCUUCAUAUUGUUGAUAUUUUGUCGGCUACUUCCCCCC